UAAAGCUCGCAGAUAAUUAUUUGUUUUGAUUUUUAAAAAUAAAGAUGGCGCAUAUAGCGGAAGAGAUUUUAUCUUGUCGAUUACUUUUUUAUUUUGUAUUCACAUAUUUCUGUUAUAUUGGUCUGCCCCCGGUAUUAACAACUGAUACAGGUUUAUAUAAAGACACAGAUCCAAUGGUGCAAUUCACAAACGAUACAAUCAAAAAAUAUUUAACAGGAAAUGAUAAAGUUUGGAUUGUUGAGUUCUACUCAAGCUGGUGCGGGCAUUGUCAAGCUUUUGCACCUACUUGGAUUCGUCUAGCAUUGCAGUUAAAAAAUUGGAACAGCUUUGUUAAUGUUGGUGUAAUUGAUUGUGCCGCUGAAAGAAAUUAUAAAACAUGUAAAGACUUUGAAAUUGAUUCAUAUCCCACAAUUAGGUUUUUCCCUGUAAAUUGGCAAGAGAAACCUGAUAAAAAUGCGCAUGGUCACACUUACAAAGAUACAAAAGAUGUUGAAAGUAUGAGAAAUGGUUUAAUGGACUAUAUGGAGAAACAAAAAGGAGGAGUUUUCAGGAGAAAUGAAUUACCAUUUCGUUUUUUUAAUGGUGGUGAUGUACAAAAUUACUUAUAUAAAAAAGACUUUAUACCAUAUCGAUAUUUAGCAUUACUAUUUGAUUCCACUGAUUCAUACCUUGGAAAAACUUUGGCUUUAGAUACAAUGAAAAGUAAAAAAGUUGUUUUAAAAAGAGCAUCUAAUGAUGAACUUAAAAGUAAAUAUAACGUUGUUACAAUUCCAUCAUUAAUAUUAAUUACUAUUUCUACUGGAAAGUUUAAAGAACUGAGUCCAAUGAAUCGAACUCACAGUGCAUAUUUAAAUGUCUUAAAUCAAUUGGCUGGUGGUGAUGUAAUAAAUGCAUUAGAAGAUUUACAUCCACCUUUAGUUAUUGAUGAAAAAGCUUUGCAAGUUGUAGCUAACAUAUCCUCUGAAGUCCAUAUGCAAGAUAUUACAAGUGCAAUAUCUUUUUCUCUGCUUCGUGAAGUGGGAAAAAUAAAUAUAAUUAAUGGUGAUGCUAUGGUUGCAUUGAAAGAUUGGGUCAAUCUUUUGGCUAAGUGCCUUCCUUCCGGAUCAUUUUUGCAGAACUUUCUUAGGAAACUUGAUAAGUGGCUGCAUGACCUUGGCAAUGAGAUUAGCUCUGAAAAGUUUGUGAAGUAUAUUGAGGAAAAUCAGGAAAGCAACUCUUAUCUUCCUUCAGAAAUUAAAUGGCAUGGUUGUAAGGGAAGCGCGGAAAAGUAUCGUGGAUUUCCAUGCGGGUUGUGGACGCUUUUUCACUCAUUAACUGUAAGCUGUAGUGACGACAGUGGUAUGACUGGUUAUGAAAUUCUUAGAAGAAUAAGAUCUUUCAUUGAUCAUUAUUUUGGUUGCCGUUAUUGUCGCGAUCAUUUUAUUGAAAUGUCUAAAGAUUUGCAGAAGGAAGUCAAAACUCAAGAAGAAGCCAUUGUUUGGCUUUGGUCUCGUCACAAUCGCGUAAAUGCUCGGUUAGAAAGAGACAUAUCUUCUGAUCCCUUUCAUAGAAAAGUUCAGUUUCCGCCCAAAAGCUUAUGUGCAAGCUGUCAUAAUCCUAUAAGUACAAAAGAUACUCUUAUUUUUUCACCUACUGUUGUCGAGAACAAUGCGAAGUGGAGCCGUAAAUUUGUUUUGGAAUUUCUUAAAGAUCACUAUAAUCUUAACAAGAUUCAAAUUAAAGAUAAUAAAAAAAUUAUAGACGGCGAAACGCAGGAUAGUGAUGCCGUUCGAAACCGAUUUACUUACAAGUUUUACUCGCGUACAGCUUCUCCGCCAUUUUCUUUGCUUGGUAUGUCACGCGUUGAUCUAAGUAUGUGUGUUGUACUAUAUGGUUCAAUUAUAGGCGCAGUGUUUGGUCUUUAUGUUUAUUUUAUAAGAAGGAAAAAACAGAAAACAUAUAAGUCUUACGUGUAAGAUAUUUCUAAAAAGGCUAAUGUAAAUAUAAAUUUUUUUUAAUAGGAAUAUAUCACAAUUAUCAAUAUAAAAGUA